AUGGCAACAAAAAUAUUAUUUACUUCUGUAAAUGAAACUUAUUUAUUUCCAUUUGUUUCCAAAUUAAAUGUUUUCAUAAAUCAAAGUCCUGUAUUGGCUCCUUAUUUUAAGAAUAUUGAUAUCUCGGUGGAUACCAUUUUGUUAAUAUGUUUUAGUUUGAUAGUUGCUUUAAUUAUAUUACUUUUGUAUGCUUUGAAAAUUAUUCUUUAUAUUCGACCUAAACCAAACGAGCCUCCAAUAAUACCUUAUUGGAUUCCGUUAAUUGGGUCGGCUAUAACUAUGGGCAUCGAUCCCAUUAAAUUCUACCGAGAAAAUCAAAAAAAGCACGGAAAUUAUUUUACUUACAUCCUGUUAGGUCGACGAAUGGUCACGUGCCUUGGAUCGGAAGGAAACAAUUUUGUAUUUAAUGCAAAACUUGCCGAUGCUUCAGCUGAAGAUGCAUAUCGAAGUUUGACUGUACCAGUAUUUGGAGAAGGAGUUGUGUAUGAUGUGGAGAAUUCAGUGUUGAUGGAACAAAAAAAAUUUGUAAAAUCUGGUCUUUCCGUAAAAAACCUGCAUGCAUAUGUUCCAAUGAUACAAAUGGAAACCGAUGAUUACCUUACUCGCUGGAAUAAGAAAUCUAGUGUAGUGGACAUUCAUAAUGCUAUGGCCGAAUUGAUUAUUAUGACAGCUUCAAGGUGUUUAUUGGGUGAAGAAGUUAGAUCCAAAUUGGACGAAACUUUCGCCCAAAUAUUUCAUGAUCUUGAUGGUGGUUUCAAACCAAUUAAUUUUCUAUUCGAUAAUUUACCAAUACCUUCUAAUAAACUUCGUGAUGAAGCUCAUGUAAAAAUGCGAAAAUUCUUUAUGAGUAUUAUGCAAGCACGUCGUGAAGCUGGAAUUACCGAUAGAACAGAUGUCAUGGAAUAUUUGACAACUCAAUGUCAUUACAGAAAUGGACGAAAAUUAACAGAUAUAGAAUCUUCACAUAUUAUGAUUGCAAUUUUAAUGGCGGGUCAACAUACAAGUUCUACCACUACAGCAUGGGCAUUGCUUUUCUUAUCCGAAAAACCUGAAUUAAUUGAAAAAUUACGGCAAGAACAAAUUAAAGUUCUUGGAUCAUUGGAUGUUCCACUUAAUUAUGAUGCUUUGAAACAACUUACUUUACAUGAAAAUGUUGUACGUGAAACUUUACGAUUAAGACCACCAAUUAUUCAGAUCAUUCGAAGAGUCAAAAAAGAUUUACCUAUUCCUCAAACAAAUUAUGUGAUUCCAAAAGAUUCCUUUAUUCAAUGUAUUCCAUCAAUAUCUGCAAGAUCUGAAGAAAAUUUUGAAAAUGCUGAAGAAUUUAACCCUAAUAGAUGGGAAGCCUUUGAUCAACAGAAUAAAGAACGUGACGAUGAUUUAAUAGAUUAUGGAUUUGGACAACUUCAUAUGGCUAGUGCUAAAUCACCAUAUUUACCAUUUGGAGCAGGUCGUCAUCGUUGUAUUGGAGAACAAUUUGCUUACGUUCAGAUUAAAACUAUAAUUGCCACAUUGGUUCGUAAAUUUGAUUUCGAAUUGGUAAAUGGAAAAUUGCCAAUGUGUGAUUUUACCACGAUGGUAGUGCAACCUAAAGAUUCUUCGCUUAGAUACAAGAGAACAAAUUAUUAA